ACAGAAAACCCCAACAACAUUGACGACUGUAUGCUUGCUCCCGCGAGAUCUUGUUCCAAGUCUUUGGAGGGGCGUUGUCAUGGAUACAAAAGCGUCGCACUCAAUGGGGGAAGCUGCAACACUUUCUUCAACUGCUGUACAAAAUGAGGCAGCGCAAAAGCAUUUGUUUCUUUGUACAAGGGAUGUGCGUGGAUAAAUGACAGCCCCACAGGUCUAAAUAACAGAUCAUGGAUCACCAGGAUGAGCUAAAUGACCUGCGGCUUCAGUUUCAAACUCUACAAAAGCAGCAGGAGGAAAGAAAACUGGAGAGAAAAAAGAAGAAAGAACCAGAUCACCCUGAUGCCAGUGUUACACCAGAUAAUUUGGAUCUAUUGAAACAAGGCAUCCAGGCACAUGACCUGCCUUCAAAUGACAGACACUUACAGAAUGAGAAUCAGAAUUUGCUAGAUCAGCUGAGAGAGCUGAAAGAUGAACAUGGCCGGCUCUUCAAACUUCUGGGUGAAAAGGAUUUUGAAAUUAAUCACCUAAAGAAAACAAGGGAGGAAGAAAGACUGGCUUUCACAGGGGUAUCAAGCUUGGCCGGGGACGUGGCAGCCACCAAGAUUGUCGAGCUGUCCAAGAAGAACAGAGAGCUAACGGCUGAAGUUGAGCGAGAGAGGACUAAGUCAAAGCAGAGAAGCAACAGGAUCAAAGAGCUUGAAAAAGAGCUGCAGUCUGCCUUGGCCCAGUGUACGACUGGACAACAGAUGGACACCAAGUCACACAAUGAAAAGAAGAUACUCGAUGAUUGUGAGCAGGAAAACCCAGCAGUGAAAUCCCUUCAGGAAAAAUUAGCUGCUACACAACUGAAGGUGGCUGAGUAUCGCAACCAGGUUCAAGCUGUCAAACAGGAGCUCAAAGUAGCUCAGAAGGUUUUGAUAAGCGAGGUUGGAGAGGAGGUCAACCUUCAGCAUUUACAAAGCUGCCCAGGAAACUUUAGAGGUCGCUCUCAACAGAUACUGGCUCUUCAGACGAGGGUGCGAGACCUUGAGCAGCAGCUGAACCAGUCAACACAGAGGAGACAGCCAAGUGUCCUGAGUGUAGAGGAGGAGUGUCUGGGCACGAGCGUUCUUCAGAGAACCCCUCCUCAAGACAGGAACCUCAGCUACAUCCGCACCAUGGAGAAGGAGAAGAAGGAGGCGUUUGAGAGGAUCUCAGUGGACUACGCAGCCCUGCAGAAAGACUACGAAGAGGUGAAGAAAAAGCUGGAAGCCGUCAAAGCCAGGAACAAAUCUCUGUCUGCUGAACUGAAAACUCUUAAGUUCCAGAUUUCCACCCUGCUGGAGAAGGGAAAACAUGACGAUGAGCUUGUGGAUGCUCUGCUGAAGCAGCAGACCCAGAUGCAGGAGGUGCUGAGACAGCUCAGCCAACAGCAGAAGGAUCAAGGCAAAGCGAUCCAGCCGAGUCAGAGACAACAGCUGAGCAGCGAGCCUGCCGAGCACAACGCUCUCGUCCACAAGCUUAAGCAGACGGUUGCUGAGAAAGAGACAAAGAUUAAAGAACUAAUAGAGGAAAUCCAGCAACUCUCCACCACGGUAAAAGAAAAAGAAGAGGGCAACGGAGGACAGUCCAGCAUCAGGUCAAAUCGCAGUUCAGGUUUUUCCCCUGAAGAGGGAGACAUUAACAAGCGAAUAACAUCUUCAGGUUCACUUAAUAAAUACGGUCAUAAACUGGUGCUGCCUACUGUGAAAAACAGCAUUGAAUUAAAGGGUUCAGGUCCUUCAAAAUGUCCACAAUGUUCAGCUGAUGUGAGUGCACUCAUGACUCAGAGUUAUGAAUACAAAGUCCUUUGUGUGGAGAAGGACAGACUUCUUGAGCUGGUGAAUGUCCUACAAAUAAGUGAUAAAGAGGUAAACCAGAGGUGUUUGGACGCAGAGCACAAGUAUCAGGAGGAGCGCCGCAAGACAGUAAUCUUGGAGCAGCAGCUGGAGAGGACUAAAUUAGAUUAGAAGUGAAGGCCGUGCAAACAGCAGGGCUCACUUACAGCAGCGUGUGACAGUGUCGAGCUGAUUUUUGUUGGUUUUUUGCUUGUUUUGUUUAUUAACGCUCACCGGUUGCUCUCUUGGCUGUCACCUCUGUCCCUCAGGAGCGGUGUCGCCCCUGCAAAUGGAUGGCACGACUGCGUAAAGCAAUCACCCACAGACAAACUAAAAUUGACUGCGCAUCAAUUUGAUUGGCAUUUGCGCCGCAUACGCUUCUGCCUGGUAUACGGUCAUCCCAAUCCUCAUGUUUGGGCGGCACAAAUAUGUUCACGUUGCACGACAGAGGCCAUGAAAGUGCCAAGGGCAUCACCGAAGAGCACACUCCACGAGGACCUGUAGCUCUGAAGUGACGUGAUGAGACAAGUCAAGCAUGUAUUCCUGCAGGCUCCGUGACGGCGGAGACAAGACACUAACCAGAGAAACUGGCUGAUCCCUGCUCAACCUCACGUCGAGCUGAGCCCCACCUUCUCCCGUCACAUGUGUCAAACAGCAGCCUUAUGGGAAACAGACUCUUCUGUUAUGCCGCACAAGCGUCACACAGAGCCUCUUCUUCUAUAUUUGAGUUGUCAAUGACGGUCCGUGAUGCUCCCUUUGUGCAUUCAGGUGACCUCACUUAAACCAUUUAAGAAUCCUGAGUAGCAGUUUUCAACUUAACCUUAAUGGCAUCAGACAGGUGGUCUCAACGAUUACAGAAAUGUCUGGUGCUGAUAGGAUGUUUCCCCAUGGUUUCAUAUUUUGUCAGUUUACAGUUUUAUUAAUGUCACUGUCACAUUUUAUUAAAUCAUUGUAUGUUUUUUUUUUUUUGCACUGCUGGCAACCUUGAGUGCAUUGCAGGUAUAAAAAGCAAUAAUUUAUGUAUUUAAAGUGUCUUGUAAACUAAUGAGACAUCCAUCUGAAUCAGUGAAAAGGAAGCCAAAUCCUGUCCAGAUGUUUUGAAUACAUUGUUUGCCUUCAUGGCUGUUAACCUUCCUAGGGUUUUUAGUUGUUUUGGCUUCAGAUGGUUGUACGUUAAUGUGUGACAGGCCAAUCCAAAUAGUAAACACCUCAGUUAAGUUCCCAAAAGCAUCAAUAUUCCUUUAAAAAUAUUAGUGUUAAUAAUUUCUGACUCGCUGACCAGCUGUGUUGGAGUAGUGGCUGAAAAUGAAUGCAGAGUGCUCCGUGCAGUCCCUGGGCCAUGUCACACAUACUGUAUGUACACUAUGUGAUGUUAAAUUCUUAACUCAGUGGUUGUGUGGAUAUGCACAGCCUGGUGGGAGUGGCCCCUACAUUCAUACUUACAUCCGAGUUACUUUCUUCCGAUGUAGCCAAGAGGAUUUCAGCAGAGACCACCCGCCCCCUCCCCCCCCCCACACACACACACACACAUCACGCUUAAUUUAAAACCAUGGCUGAGUUAGUGUGCAGCUUCAAAUACCGCACUAUUUCUUCCAGGACCCUGUGGGAGAUUGGCAGGUCCCCAUUGGACUGAGUGAAAAAGUGCCACAAGACAAAAAUAUCAGCGUUUUGACAUGAUGAAGAAAGCCUUUAUGCUCGGAUUAACAAAAAUAAGCUCGUUUUGAAUGCCUCCUGGAUAGAAGGUGUGGUUCCCUUUAAUGUAGUAGCGUAAGGAGGAACAGAUGAGAUACCAUGUGACUCCGUGUCCUGCACAAAUACAAGUUAUAUAUGAAAUAGUGCAGUGUGCACCAGAAAAGGUGUUGAUGGAGCCAAACUUGUCCAUGGUCCCAAACUGCAUUCAACUCCAGGGAAAACCUUGAACUUAACACAUUUAUUUUUGUUAUGUUCUUUAUAUUUGCUGUCGCACACACUAAUAGGGAAGUCAGUGUUUGUAAGCAUGCGUAGUGUUUCAUUUCCACUAUGUGAUACCGGAUAGGAACACAACUAUACAGAGCUCAGGUUUUAAAUAAUGCUUUCCGCUGUUCAAUAUUCUUUUCACUAUAAUUCCAGUAAAAGGAAAUUGUUUAAAACAACAACUGCUGACUUCAGUCGUUUGAAAGUGUCAUCACUUUCAAAUAAAUUAGACUUCACCCAACAAUUUUAAUAUUGUUUUAUGCAGCUGUAUUACGCAGAAAGGAGUAGAUUUAUUCCAAAAUGCCCAAUAACCCACCAAACCAAACACAAACUUAUGUAAACACAGCAUACGUAAACAGCCUCACCUAUUUGUCAUUCCAGGUUUGAAUGACUCCUUUCUCCAUCCUUCUCCUCAGAGGUAUUCCCUCGUUCUGGACCAAUGCUUCCUGCAGACCAUUGACUGCAUCCAGAAACUAAAGUAAAUAGUGGAGCUGUGAACGCAGAGGUUAAAGUUAGCCAUCAGUAUAUGAGGGAUCUGUGAACUUAAGUCAGGCCAGAAAACGGUUUGUGCCUCUAUGAGUCCAUUCAUGUACCAGUGCCUCUCAUUUACAUGUAAUGGAAAGAAAAUAAACAGCAGAGUCCUAAUGUGCUCAUUUACAGUAAGUAGAAAUUAAAUGAUGAGCAUUUAUCUCACCCUCGAGGCAGCGCUGAAACUAUGAUUUAACACUAUUUCUUUUCGACAAGUGAAAUGUUUGUGGAAGUCUUCAAGACGAGUAGAAUUGUUGCUGACACUGUUUACGACAGUUUAACAGAUGACUUUGAUCUCUUGACCUCUUGUUACGAACCCACUCUUUAAACUCAAAAAGUUGUGAAAUGCAGUUUGUUUUAUUUGCACGCGCACACACACACACACACACACACACACACACAUAGUGAAUUUGACCUCUGCAUUUAACCCAUCCUUCUUACACACCAGUGGGCAGCAUAAUGUGCCUGGGGAGCAAUGGGUGGUUUUUGUUCCUUGCUCAGGGCCACCCAAGACCUUGACCUGUCCUGGGAUUUGAACCGGCAGCCCUCUGGUUAGCCCAAUUCCCUUCCACUUUGCUCAUUUUCAAACUUUGGCUGUUUCUGUUUAUUUUUGGCACAUCCAACAUCACUAUUUGGUGGUGUGGUUGAUCACACACUGUAUAUUAACUCAUAUUAGUUGUAUUUCUGCAAUGGUGCAAUAAAUGAACUAAACUUGCAGUAAGCUUAA